AUGCGUUCGCUUUACCUCCUCGCAACUCUGCUUCUAAACCAACGGGCCGCUAUUGCUCUGAGUCUGAGCACCACCGAGCUUGUCGAACAGCUGUUUCUAGACUUCACCAUCGACGAGGUGGUUCAAAAUGACACAAGAGGGUUCCCUAUCGUCGAGCCUUGGGCAAGCGAAUACGUGAACGCCACACAGGAGGGACGAUUCGGCGACGCAGUGUGGGCCAGAUACCACAUUUCCGGGGAUGUGGACAGCAGCACCGGCAUCAUCGAGGGCACAAACUUGACCGUUCUUCAGAGUAUCGAGGAAGACGCAUUGGGCUACAGAAGCUCCGAGCCAGAGCUAUAUGCCAAUGCCCUCUUAUUCUACGGCAACACAAGCAAGACAGAUUCGCACACCGACAUCAUUGACCUCUUCACGACUAUCGCCCAGCAAACUCCCGAAGAAGCCCAGGAGAGCCUCAACAAGCGUGUUACAUACGGCAUUAAAUGCAGUACGGGUAACCUUGCGUACAAGUCUAGCUGCCUUUCCCUUCUCCAGAAUAUGUCCCAGUCGCGGUCGAACAUUGGCAACAUAAGGAGAAUUUACACUUACAGUUCGUGCAAUCUCAGGGUUGGUCCUUAUCACGGUUCUUAUACCGAUCUGAGCUAUUACACUGCCCAUUCCGUUGCACGAUUGAUUGAGGACCAGUGCACGUACUGUCCUGCGUGCACUAACAAUUUGAGGGUCUCGGGAUACUCGCCCAAGAACUCUGGACAUCGUAAGGUGUGUCUGAGCAGCAAAAGGACGGGGUGCUCGCCCUAG